AUGGCGGGAAAACUCAAUGCCCUUGAAGAAUCUCUCGUUCUGAAACCCAUAACAAUGUCCGGAAUCGAAACCCUAGGUAUUCUAGAUGAAAUUCAAGCUCUUGUCUCUGAUCAUCUCCAAGUGGUUUCAUAUAAGUGGCUGAGUCGCAAUUUUUUGGUGUCUUCAAAUACUGCAAAGAGGUUGCUUGAAGAGUUUGUUGAGAAACAUGGAAGUGGGCUGGAAGUUGUAUAUGCUUUAUCUGGCUGGUUGAAGAGCAGUCCUCCGAGUUAUAAUAUAAGGCUUGUUUCUGGGCCUAAACUUGCAGAAGUCAAGCAAGAAUUUGAUGGAAACUGCUCAGUUCAAGUUUAUAGUGUGCAAGCUAGCAUCCCAAAGGAUCCAGCUGCACUUUGGAAUGCUGAAUUUGUACAAGCUGAAGAGCUCUUUAAGCAGCCUUCACUUGAUAAUUGUUUGAGAGAUAAUAGGUUCUGUGGGAUUUCAAAUUCCUUUGUGAAGUGCAGUGUUGAUAGAACUUCUGUAAGCAUUGCUCAUGUACAGCCCAAAAGUUCAGGGAUCCCACAGCUGUCUAAAAGUAAUUAUACAGGUCAAAAGAUUUCAGUUCCUCCACCUCAGCAAAAUAAAAUUCAGCAAUCAAGCCCAAAAGUUGGUCCACUGUCCCCAAAUGUGGUAAAAGAUGUCAAAGCUGAAAGUAACAGUACAGGAGUUCAUGAUCAGGCCAAGCCUUCUGCCGCCAAAGAAAAAUUAAAUCCUUUGCCUGCUAGUAAAAAGAAAAGCCAGAAUGAUAAAAGCUCUUCUGGUACUGGUGGUUCGUUAGCAAAUUUCUGGGGUCGUGCAUCUACGAAGGCAAAGCCCAGUUCUGCAGCAGCAGACAAUUUAGUUUCAAAUUCUACCGCUAGCGCAGAAGCACAAAUAUCUGUUCGUGAGGCAGCAGAGAACCGCUGUAGUGAUGAUGAUGCUGAAGAUGUCAAUUUCAGGAGAGCCGCCAGUCGUGAAGGAAAUAGGAAAAGGAAGGUGGUUUUGGAUUUAUCAGAUGAAGAUGAGUGUGAAGAUGCUGUCAAUUUGGGAUCCCCAGAUCCUCCAAAAAGAAAAUCAGAUCUAUAUCCAAAAGAAAGUAAAAAACUUUUGGUCAUUGGAAAACCAGAUCUGACACCAAAUGAGCUGAAAGAAGAUAAAUCAGAAGCCAAGGAAGAGAAAGAAAUUAAUGGAGAGUCCAACCAAUCACCAAGGGAAAAUUCUGCAGCAGUCAGCAAACGAAUGAAGACUGAAACUUCCUUUACGGAGAAGACCCAAAAUUGUGUUCCUCAAAAGGACAUAAAUAAGGAUAAAGUGGAAAAUUCUGUUCCUAAGUCCCCUACAAGAAAGAAAGUGUUGAAGACAUGGAUUGACGAGCGAGGGAGAGAAGUAACGGAAGUCGUUUGGGAGGGUGAGGAAACCGAAAUCAAGAGAGCUAACAGUAGUGAGACGACAAAGAAAGCAGACAGUAAUCCAACAAAGAAAGCCGACAGUAAUACAGUCACCAAUAAUAGCACCAGGCCGCCACCAGCUAAGAAGUCUCCAGCAUUAGGAAGCACCGCACCAUCAAAUCCAGGAAGCAAAGCAGGAACGAAGAAAGGUGGGAAACAGAAGGACCCUAAGCAAGGCAACAUUCUAUCAUUCUUCAAGAAGGUCUGAGGAGACUGAACUCAAGUUUCACUCAUGUAACUCUUUUCUUUUAUUUCUUUUUUGGGGUUUGGUAGAAGAGUGUUUUGCACACCCACAUAACGUGUAUGUGUAUUUUCCUGUCUAAAUGCAAGGCUUUGGCUAGUUUUAAGUUA